CUACCCAUUAUGUUCUGCCACAAAGUAUGAAAAAUUGAACGUGAUAAGAAACCUUGUCAUCUCAUUUUCAAGCAAUUAAAAGUGAUUCACCAAAAAUAGCACACCUGCCAUUCACUCGUUGUUCGAGGCUAAGAAGGCCACCAAAACUCGCGAGGCUACGCGGAAAAUCGCGUCCACCUUCGACAAUCUUUAAAUUCCAACAACUCCUCAAUAAUUGCACGCGCCACCACAAACUUUCUCCGAAUUGUCACAGAAUCACACGAUCACUUUCGCCGCGUGGUAGGAUAGCACGAUCAGAGAUGCUUGCGGGAAGAAAUAGGUAGUACACAAUCUACCUUCGACAAGCAAGAUGCCGCCUCCUGUGUGCAAAUUCUGGCAGCAAGGGAGCUGUCGCUAUGGAGAUCAAUGCAGAUUUGACCAUCCAGUGAAUCGAGGAGGCUAUACCAGUGGCAACCGGUAUGGAGCUCUCGCAGAUUCCAACUCGAACUCGAAUUCGAACUCGCGCAAUAACAAUUAUCAAAGCGGAUCAUCGUCUUCGAAUCGCGGGCUUCCUUACACGCUGGACAAGAACGCCAUCCUCACCGAUCUCACGACAGAAAGACCACAAUGGAUCUUGUCUGCUUAUGGUCCUGGUAGGCAUGCUCCGGCGCAGUUGUUCGGAGGUCUGCCACGGGAGCAAAGCUUUGAGGAAAUGAGACUCUUGCAUUAUAUGGGUCUGGCGUCGGGCAAUCCGCAACAAGUUGUACAAGAAGCGGAUAGUCUGGUUCAGCAAUCGGAGCAGCAGAUGCAAACUGCAGUGAACAUCAUUGACUCAGCCAUACAAUAUCUGAUCAAUGCUGAGAAGGAGCAUCCCAAUCGGAUUGACAUAUGCAAAGGUGGUCAGGAAGGUCCAGGAUCACAACCAAACCCUCUUGGAGGCAAUACACCGUUUGGAGCCCCCUCAAAUACUGGCGCGUUCGGAGCACCAAGUCAACCUUCAACAACCCCCGCAUUUGGCGCCCCUUCCGUAUCUACUGGAGCGUUUGGACAGCCAGCACAGCUUGGACAGAAGCCGAAUCCGUUUGGAGCAUCAGGGCUUGCUUUUGGAGGACCAUCGCAAUUGGGAACAACAGGAGCAUUUGGUCAACCUGCUCAAUUAGGCCAGAAAUCAAAUCCUUUUGGGGCUCCACCUGCCAAUAGUGGAUUCAGUGCCUUUGCAGGCGCGUCAAACACUUUCGGCCAACCUCCAACUUCGACAGGCUUUGGAGCUUCUUCACAGCCGGCAAUAUCUAGUCCUUUCGGUGCACCAUCCCAGCCAGCAGCAUCUAACCCAUUUGGUGCCUCCCCUCAGCCUGCAUCGUCGUCUCCUUUUGGGGCACCAUCACAACCAGCAGCAGCAAAUCCGUUUGCUCAGAGAGCUCCUUCGAACUCGAGUCCAUUCGGCGCCCCGAGUCAACCCGCUCAGCAAAAUCCAUUUGGAAGUUCUUCAGCUGCACCUUUUGGGAACACUCCCACAGCGGCAGUCAACACCUUUGGUGCACCUGCUAAACCAUUGCCGUUUGGGCAACCUCCUGCAGCCUCCAAUCCUAGUCCAUUCGGCAAUCCACAACCCAACCCUCCUUCUUCCUUCCCCAGUUUUGGACAACCGGAAUCAUCAGGAUCAACGAACGGAGCACCAUUUGGUGCCUCUCGACCUACGAAUGGAUUCACAAACGGCGCCUCAGCCAGCCAGUCGCAAGACGUCAAUACUUAUUCUACCCGCGAUGCGGGUGGUAGACUACUGACAUGGAAGAACAGAAGGGUUGUCUACAAAGACCAAACACCAGGAUUCACCAACCAAAAUGGGCAGUGGGAGAAGAUAUGGUUUCCCAAUGGACCACCGGCACCUGAUCCACAAGCAUUUCUUCCAGCAGAGAUGUAUGACCAGGCAACCAAGGAUCAAUAUGAAUACGUGAGGCAGCAUGGGAAGUUUAAGGAUGGAAUCAUGCCGCUGCUUCCACCGAUGCUGGACAUGGUUAAGUGGGAUUUCUAGAGUCGUGAGGGGGCUGGCGUUUUGGAGAUGUCCAGGAGGACAAGGUGCAUUUCGACGGCGUCUGUGAUUUUAUUGUAAGCCUAUUGCUGGCCUGACCAUUGAGGUCUGUGAUAGGUAUAGUCAAUGCAG